AUGGCAGGUUGGUUAAUGAAUAACCAGAAGUUAAGUCCUAUGGGGUUGAUCAAAGAUGAGAUGGCCAUGAAUUACAUGUUUGGCCAAAAAUCUAGUCUUGAUCUUAUGCAAAAUUGUGACUUGCCUCCACCUCUCAAGGUAUUUUCUGGCCCUGAUAAAACAGUGCUAUCACCGACGAAUAACGUAUGGAGGGUCAUAGAGGAGGAUGAUCACAAGGAGGCGAAUAUCGAGCCUAAACAAGAACUGGGGAGUGACAGGUUCGAGCUGCUAAAGGCUUUGAGACGAUCACAAACACGAGCAAGAGAGGCAGAGAGGAAGUACCAAGCACUGCAUAAAGAAAAAGAUGCACUAUCGAAUUUUCUGAUAGAAGAAUCUGCACGAUCGCGAGCUUAUAAGAAUUGGAUCAAAGUUCUUGAGUUACAAAUCCUGCAGUUAAAAACACAACAGCAGCAGCAGCAGCAUGUUGAUAGAUUGGACAGGACAAAAGAGGAUGAAGAUAAGAAUGCUGCAAAUGGUGUAACAUGGUUUAUAGCAGUUGCAUUAUGUUUAGGCAUAGCUGCAAUUGGCUGCAGAUACCUGCUUUAA